AGGCUGUCAACGAACUUACCUCCAAAAACUCUCACAUCAUGCUGGUGUUGCAUGGAACAGCAGCACUUUCUGACUUCAAGGCUAAUGCUCUUUUAAAGUCCAUUCAGCCCAAGGUCCCUUCUGUUUCCGGGAUUUCGGCGUCUUUUGUUCAUUUCGUAGAACUCAAGGACGAAUCUCUGCCUUCUGAACUCAGACAGGUUUUGGAUAACUUGCUUAGCUAUGGAACCAACCUGAGCUCCAAGGAAUCAGCCAACAGCGCUGCUGCCAUUGAAAAUUUCUUGAUAGGAGGCCCUAGCCUGACUGAAGCCGGAUCCAUCGUCUUGGUCACUCCCCGUCAAGGCACCAUUUCACCUUGGUCGUCCAAGGCCACCAACAUCGCCCACCUUUGCAGCCUUCAAAACCAUGUCAAGCGCAUCGAACGUGGUGUGGCUUAUUUGAUCUCCAAGAACGACGGUACCCCUUUGACUAAGGAAGAAUUGACUCUGUUCGCCGAUUCUAUUCAUGAUCGUAUGACCCAAGUCCUCAUGGACACCGUUCCCCCUUCGGAAGCUAUUUUCAAGCACGGAUCGCCUGCUCCUUUGACUGUGGUGGAUUUGCUCGGUCAAUCCUCUGGUACCGCUGAGGCUCGUGAAAAGCUGGUCAAGGCUAAUGCUGAGCUCGGCCUUGCUCUUGCCGGGGACGAAAUCGAUUACCUGAUCAAUGCUUUUGUUGGACAACAAGAUGCUUUGCGUCGUAACCCUACCGACGUUGAAUUGUUCAUGUUUGCUCAAGUCAACUCUGAGCAUUGUCGUCACAAGAUCUUUGGUGCAGAUUGGACCAUUGACGGUGAACUCAAACCCCACUCUCUUUUCGGCAUGAUCAAGAAUACCCACAAGUUGCAUCCUCAGUACACUCUUUCAGCUUAUUCUGACAAUGCUGCUGUCAUUGAGGGUUCCAAGGGAACUCGUUUUGCACCGGAUAGCAGCAAGAACUUUGCUUAUGAUCUUUAUGAAGAAGAUGUCCACAUGAUUUGCAAGGUCGAAACCCAUAAUCACCCAACCGCUGUGUCUCCUUUCCCUGGUGCCGCUACGGGAUCUGGUGGUGAGAUCCGUGAUGAAGGUGCUGUCGGCCAAGGCUCAAAGCCAAAGGCUGGUCUCGUUGGUUUCACGGUCAGCAACUUGCUCAUUCCUGGCCAUCAGCAGCCUUGGGAAACCGACUUUGGCAAGCCUAGCCAUGUUGCCUCCUCGUUUGAUAUUAUGAUCGAAGGUCCUCUUGGCGGUGCUGCUUUCAACAACGAAUUCGGUCGUCCUGCUUUGACUGGUUACUUCCGUACAUUCGCGGAAGAGGUGCCUGGAAAGAAUGGCCCAGAAGUUCGCGGUUACCAUAAGCCUAUCAUGAUUGCUGGUGGUCUCGGCACUGUCCGACCUGCUCAUGUUCUCAAGAAGCCUAUCUCACCUGGUGCACUGUUGGUUGUUCUCGGUGGUCCUUCCAUGUUGAUUGGUUUGGGAGGUGGUGCUGCCUCCUCCAUGGCUUCCGGUCAGAGCAGUGCUGAUUUGGACUUUGCUUCGGUGCAAAGAGAUAACCCGGAAAUGGAACGUCGUGCUCAACAGGUGAUUGAUUUCUGCGUUGCCCUUGGUGACAACACCCCUGUUCAAUCCAUUCACGAUGUUGGCGCUGGUGGUCUUUCCAACGCUUUACCCGAAAUUGUUCAUGACUCUGGUCUCGGUGCUGAUAUUCAAUUGAGAGAUGUUCACAAGGAUGAUCCCAGCAUGUCACCUAUGGAAAUUUGGUGUAACGAAUCUCAAGAACGUUAUGUGUUGGCCAUUAGCCCUGAUCGUGCUGACACGUUUAUCGACAUUUGCAAGAGAGAACGUUGUCCUUUUGCCAUUGUUGGUAAGGCUACCAAGGAAGAGAAGUUGAUUGUCAGAGAUAGCUUGCUUGGCAACACUCCCAUUGAUCUUCCCAUGUCGGUGUUGUUCGGCAAACCUCCCAAGAUGUCUCGCAAGACGGAGUCCGUCAAAUCCAACCAUAUUCCCUUCGACUCUUCGCUCAAGUCAUAUGUUCAGAGUGGUGAUGUUAUCCGUGAAUCUGUCAAGCGUGUCCUCUCCCUUCCUGCCGUUGCCUCCAAGUCUUUCUUGGUCACUAUUGGUGAUCGUUCCAUCACGGCUAUGGUCGCUCGUGAUCAGUUUGUUGGCCCUUGGCAAGUUCCCGUCGCCGAUGUCGCGGUCACUACCACUUCCCUCGGUGAAGACAUCAUCACCGGUGAGGCUAUGGCCAUGGGAGAACGUACACCUUUGGCUUUGAUCUCCCACGCUGCCUCUGCCCGUAUGGCCGUUGCUGAAUGCUUGACUAACCUUGUUGCUGCUAACAUCAAGGACAUUGGGUAUGUUCGUAUGUCCGCUAACUGGAUGAGCGCUGCUGAUCAUGCUGGUGAAGGAGCUGGUUUGUAUGAAGCUGUCCAAGCCAUUGGUAUGGAACUUUGCCCCGCUCUUGGCAUUGCUAUUCCAGUAGGCAAGGAUUCUAUGUCCAUGAAGAUGAAGUGGAACGACCAAGACAACAAGCAGAAUGAAGUCACUGCCCCUAUGUCUUUGAUCAUCACUGGCUUCGCUACCGUUGUCAAUACUCACAAGACUUUGACGCCUCAACUCCAAAACGUAGACGACAGUGUUCUGGUAUUCAUUGAUCUUGCUCAAGGCAAACAACGUUUGGGUGGCUCUGCUUUGGCUCAAGUUUACAAGCAAAUCGGUCACGAAGUUCCCGAUGUGGAAGACGCUACACUUCUCAAGAAUUUCUUCAAUGUCAUGCAACAAAUUAGACACGACAGCACGGAAAAGAACUGCCCCAUUCUCGCCUACCACGAUCGUUCUGACGGUGGUUUAUUCACUACCCUGACUGAGAUGGCGUUUACGGGUCACGUCGGUGUCGAUGUUGAGCUCGAUCACUUGGUGCACAACGAUGAUGUUGUGGCUGCUUUGUUCAACGAAGAAUUGGGUGCUGUUAUUCAAGUUGAACAGGCUCAAUUGAACACCUUGAUUCAAGCCUUCGAGGCCGGUGGUGUUCCUACCUCUGCCAUUCAUGCUAUUGGCAAGGUCAAGCAACACAAUGCUCAAGAUGCUGUCCAAUUCUCUCUUCGUGGCCAAUCGGUGUUUGCUGACAGCCGUAUCCAACUCCAGCGUAUUUGGUCCGAGACAUCCUAUUUGAUGCAAUCUCACCGAGAUAACUCCAAGUGUGCUCAACAAGAAUACGACAGUAUUUUGGAUGCGAAGGAUCCUGGUCUUCACUACAACCUGACUUUCAACCCUACUGAUAACAUUGUAGCCACUUACACUAGCCGACCUCGCGUUGCUAUCCUUCGUGACCAGGGUGUCAACGGACAAAUUGAAAUGGCCUUUGCGUUCCAUUUGGCAGGGUUUGAGGCGGUGGAUGUGCAUAUGUCGGAUCUUAUCAGUGGCCAAGUCACUCUCAAGGACUUUGUCGGUAUUGCUGCUUGUGGUGGUUUCUCAUACGGUGACGUUUUCGGAGCUGGCUCUGGAUGGGCCAAGUCAGCGUUGCUCGAUGAACGAACUCGCAACGAGUUUUAUGACUUCUUCAACCACCGCAAUGAUACCUUCGCUCUGGGUGUAUGCAACGGUUGUCAGUUCCUUUCUCAGUUCCAUGAAAUCAUUCCUGGUGCUGAAUGCUGGCCCAACUUCAAGCGAAAUGAAAGUGAACAAUUCGAAGGCCGUACCACCAUGGUUCGCAUCAGCCAAGAAACAAACUCCAUCUUCUUCCAAGGCAUGCAAGGCUCCGCCCUUCCUAUUCCCGUUGCCCAUGGUGAAGGACGAGCUGAGUUCCGCUCCAGCCAAGACUAUGAGCAGUUCAAGGCCAGUCAAUUAACCGCUCUCCAGUAUGUUGAUAACUAUGGUCAGCCUACUCAACAGUAUCCAUUCAACCCUAACGGUGCUCCUGAUGCCAUUGCUGCUGUAUGCACGCCUAAUGGCCGUGUGCUUGCUCUUAUGCCUCAUCCUGAGCGUGCCAUUCUUAAGGAAAGCAACUCUUGGUACCCUGCUGAAGAACAAUGGGGACAAGUUGGACCAUGGCUCCGUAUGUUCCGCAACGCUCGCCAUUGGGUUGAGCGGGCUAACUAAACUCUACGGCUAGGGUAAUGGUUUUCCCUGCCUGCCCGAUGUUGUAUUUCUUUUCCAUGGAAUCAAUCAAUGAAUGAAAUGAAAAUAAAAAAAUAUACUAUAGAUUUGUUUUUUAAAAAAUCA